AUGCGUACACUGAGUACUGCUGGUAAUGGCAAGACUGACCAGGCGCUUCGUCGGUCAUAUCUAUACGUACCCUCGUCGUCUGACCGGAUGCUGGACAAGUCUUUGAGCACACCAUCCGACAUCAUCAUAUACGACCUCGAGGACAGCGUACCGCCUUCUCUUCACGACAAGGACAGUGCAAGACAACGGCUGAGUACGUUCCUAAGCCGCACACCAGAGCACAAGCUUCCGCACCCCGAGCGUAUCGCUGUCCGCCUAAAUGACAUUACUACGCCUUUUUUUGAGAACGAUAUAUCCGAAAUCCUCAAGUCACCUUUCGUCCGAACACUCGUACUGCCCAAGAUCCACUCCGCCCGCGACCUUCAUCACGUCUCGCGAGCCGUUCGAAUUUCACGGGCCAGAACCUCCACGUCAUUCCCCAUACGAAUCAUUGCGAGUGUCGAAAGCGCCCGCAGCGCAUGGAAUCUCGGGGAGAUUGCUUCUUGGGCUUCGGAGUAUGGCCCAGAUGUUGGUGGGAAGUUGGGCGCUCUACUCUUUGCAGCAGAAGACUAUUGUGCUGAUACUUCGGUGGUGCGGACGCCUUCGAGGCUUGAGCUUCUAUAUGUACGUUCCCAGAUUGCAACUGCUGCCAAGGCUUUCGGAUUGGAUGCCAUAGAUAUGGUCUGUGUCAACUACAAAGACCUUAAUUAUCUAAAAGACGAAUGCGAAGAUGGCCGGAGGCUUGGUUUCAACGGGAAGCAAGCUAUCCACCCCACACAAGUUGAUACCAUUCAUUCGACAUUUGUUCCUACGGAGAAGGAAAUUCUUCGCGCCGCAAAGAUUCUCCACCAAAUGGAAGUUGCACAUUCAUCUCAAAAGGGCGCCUUUGGCCUAGAGAUGGAGGGGGGUGGUAAGGAGAUGAUCGACGCUCCGAUGUUGAAGCAGGCUGAGAAUAUUAUUCGAGUCGCUAAGGCAGCUGGCUUGGAGAUUCCUGGUGUAGGUUAA